AUGUCAGCAGGUCAAAACAAGCCAUCGGCGGCGCAGCCAUGGUCGUCAUCUUUUUUGCUUUUGAAACCCACUCCGGCGGCCGUUCCGGGGCUCACUAUCCAGCAGCAGCUGGUGAAUUUGGGGCAUUUGGGCGAGCUGGUUCUAUUUUCCUUGCUGAUCUGUCUGCUGCUUGCACUCCUGUGGGUGAAGGGGGGAGGCAUCAUGUAUGACUGGAACGGCUGGCGCGUCAUUCUCCUCCUUAUCAUGGUUGCCCUCUAUCUAGUCGCCUUCAUUGUGGUAGAAGUAACAAAGUAG